AUCAGAAACGGAUGCGGUGCAUUCUCUCGAAUGUUCCAGAGGAAAACCCCAAAUUUUUCUCAACAUUGCAAAAAUACUGUUUUCAAAGCGCUCUGCUUGUUCUUGUCAUAACGUUUCGAUUGCCGAUUGAUCUUUAUAAAUAUUUAAUUCUUCGUUACGCAUUAAAAGUUUUGUGACGCGCUCCUUUUUUGAAGCCUGUCAACUUCAGUACUAAAAGUCUUGUAUUUUCGCGAUCGAAUCUAGAUUUUUGAAUUUCUCCGCGUGCUUUAUGUUGAUUUUAAAAUCAAAUUAUAUCCGUACACUUUGCAAAAUUGCUGUUUAGUUUAUUUUAAGCUUAUCAUGGAAGGUGUUUUGGUGGCUGGUGACUCCAAUGUCUACAGACUCCGAGAUUCGAGCAACACUCGGUCUGGCAGUGGCAACGUGAAUAUUUCAUUCCUGGCCGUCUCAGGUGCUCGUUACGUAAAAGACAGGAAGAACUUCCGCUGCCGAGUUCGGGAAGAGGUGGAACAUCAGCAUUUCAGGAGUAUAUACCUUCACCUUGGUUCCAAUGAUGUAUUUUGUACAAUCGAGGAUUUCUACAGGAAUGCUUCAGAGGUUGUAGAUUUUCUCAGAGAGACAGCUCCUGGAGCAGAGAUUGUUCUGUGCUCAAUCUUGCCGAGGGCGCCAGACUUUAGCGGACGCGGUUUCUUGUCCUUGAAGAUGUUGAGAGCAUGCCAACAUUGGGUGAUGCGCGCCAACCAAGCACUGCAAGAUGUUGCAUUACAUAUACCCUAUGUGAGGUUUUUUCAGUAUGACUGCUCAACAGAGGUUCUGGCCAAGGAUGGACUGCAUCUUAACAGAUAUGGAGCAAGACGGUGCCUGCAAGAUCUUCAUGCUGACUCCCAUUGGUUGUAUGAUGAAGUAGAUGAAGAAGAGUGGCCAGAACUACAAGAGAUAGAGCCGUCAGCAGCUGAGGAGGAGGAUGCAACCGUACCACCAGUAAAAACUAUGGAACAGCGGUCGUAUGCCACUGUAGUGCAGCAGAUGAUGGCACAGAUUCAUGAAGAAGAUCUGAAGAACGUGCCUAUUCGCAUUAAACUUCCGGAAAAGAAGGAAAAGGUUCAAAACAGACGGGAAACCCCAGAGAGAAAAGGCCGAAAGAAGAUGAAGGUGUUUUAUUCAGAUACAAUGUUAAAAAAGAUAUAUGUCCUGUCAAACCACAUGUGA